UGACAAUUUAUGCCAUGACAAAGAUAUUCCAACAUAUAAAAUCUAUGAUGUGCUUCGGAAGGUCCAUUUAAUUGGAAAUGAUAGUUCAUUAACUCCUGAUACAAUUGUUGAUGUAGGUGGUAACAAUUUCAGUCAAGGCCAACGGCAGCAAAUUGCUCUUGCAAGAGCAAUUCUUAAUAAAUCUAAAGUGGUUAUUAUGGAUGAAUUGACUGCUAGUAUAGAUUAUGAUAUAGACUGUAAAAUUCAAAAAACAAUACGUGAAGAAUUCAAAGAUUCAACUCUUUUAUAUAUUACGCAUCGCAUAGAAACUAUUAUGGAUUAUGAUAAAAUUCUAGUGCUGGACAAUGGAAAGAUCAUCGAGUUUGAUAAUCCAUAUACUCUUUUACAAAAUCUUGAUUCAGAAUUGAGAAAAAUAUGCGUAGAAAGUGGAAAGCUUGAAUCAUUGU